AUGGACCACCUCCCUCUCCCUGCAGACCCCCUCCUCGGGCAUCCGCAGGUCGAAUAUCUCUGCGAUCCCAACUUCCGCCUCCCCAUCGACUGCCCGCUGCUAGACUACCCGGCCAAAAAAGGCCUGGAUAAAGAUGCCGUCCUCACGACGGGACGGUUGGGGGAUCUCGACGCCUGGCAGAUGAAGGGAUUCGUCCAGGAGUGGCUGUUCUUUGGGGUCCUAUCGAAGAUCCUCGAAAUCCCAGGCAUCCUGAUCCAGCACACCGAGUUUGUGACCAAGGGCCUCCUGGAUCGGGACAUCCUGACAACCGCUGCCUUGCCCGCGUAUCUGCGCGUGUGGGCUGCCCGUGAAGAGCAGGCUUCGCCAGAGGACAGAGAGCAGCAUGCGCUCCAGGUACAGGCCGUCCUGGAAGACGCGAAGCUCAUUGUCGAUCGGCUAUACAGCGAGCGGUCUGAUUACGACCCGCUGGGCCCAGGCGGGUUUGUGCAUAUCGCUCUCUGCGAGACGCUCGAGUAUGCUGCCAUCCGCAUCUAUCGUCGUGUAUUUCCGACAUCGGAGCGGAAGCCCAAGGCCUGGCGUCGAAGCACAUGGCCAGCGCGAAGGAUGCGCAUGGACGGAUGGUGUCCCAAUCGAGUGCAGAUGCUGUCGUCUCUGCUCUCCUCGUCGGCCAUGUACUAUGCCAGCGCGUUGCGGAUGGACUAUUCGACAAUGGCGAGGCAUGCAACCUGCUCGGCAAAGAGGUGCAAUAUGCAUUAUCUCGACAAGGACCGUUAUCGCCAGAAACAUGUCGUCGACAGCUGCGACUGUGACUUGAUCGGUCCGCCUGAGGAGAGCUUGGCAUCUGCCCUCGCGAAUGGACACAUUCCCCUGGUGAGGCUCGUGAUGGAUGGAGAGAAGGGCUGCACGAUCGAGACGGUCGAGGCAGACCUUCAGGACCCUCCCAGCUACGUUGCGAUUUCGCAUGUCUGGUCCGACGGAAGGGGAAACGUCACUGCCAAUGCCCUUCCGACAUGCCAACUCCAAUAUAUCCAGUUUCUCGUCUCAAUGAUCAUCGAGAACGAUGACGACAAACCGGGUUUGUUCUGGCUCGACACGCUCUGUGUCCCGAUCCGGGGAGAGUAUCGACCCGUGGCCAUCGGCAGGAUGAGGAGGACAUACGAGAGCGCGGCGAAAGUGCUCGUGCUAGACGGGGAGCUUGAGACGGCAUCGAUGAGAACCACGCCGGUGGAGUGCUUGAUGCGAAUCGUCUGUUCCGGGUGGAUGCGCCGCCUGUGGACGCUGCAGGAGGGGGCAUUGGCGAAGGAGCUGCUCUUCCAGUUCAAGGAGCAGGCUCUAGCACUGCAGGACCUGAUCGACGCAAGCCAGCGAGACGAGGCGGUCGACGUGCCAGCUAAUCCCACCGUUGACGUGGUGUCCUCUCUGCAAUACUUCCAGCGUUUUAAACGCCUGGAAAGCGAACGCGUGUUGGAGCUGGUCGAGGCCUUGCAGUGGCGGACGACCACCAAGCAGGAGGACGAACCGGUCUGCCUGGCGGUCCUGCUGGACCUGGAUGCCGGGAGGAUCGCGAGCACCGCCCCGGAGCAUCGCAUGGCGGAGCUGCUGCAGAUGAUGAAACUCUUUCCGGCGCAUCUGAUGUUUGCUCCGGGGAGAAGACUGACCCAGCGAUACUUCCGCUGGGCGCCGUCUUCGCUGAUGCCUACCCAGGGCUUUACCCUCCCCCCGCCGUCCCUGCUGGCGACUCCGCUCGCGAUGCAGAGCCCGCGAGGCCUCAUCGCCACUCUGCCGGGUCUGUCCCUGCCGCUGUCGACCGCUCCGUUGCGGGAUACAGUCUGGUUCAGGAUCGAGAAUGACGAGAGCUACUAUCGCCUAUGCAACUUUGGCAAGAUAGAAGACGACGGGCCAUCAUGGAAGGAUAUCGGUCCCCACAACAUUGAAAGCCCUGCGCUGGUCCUGGCAGGCUGCUUCUGCGAGGGUCUGGGACAGGAGAUGGGAGCGCUGGUGUCGAUUGUGUACAAAGAUAGCAAGGAUAGCAAGGUGAUUGUGGCGGACUUUGUCUCUCGAGUGUCUAUCUUUGUGGAGAAUGGAGAACUUCCAGCUGAGUUAAGUAUGUCGGCCAGCGAAUUUCAAGAGCUUGUCGAUAUCGACAUCAGAAACAUUCUCAUACCGUGGAAAAUGAAUACAGCGGAACAACAGGAAUACUAUUUGUUUUUUGCUCAGGUGCAGGAAAGAUGUCGAUAUGGAUCCCAUAUUGAUGCAAUUGAAUUUUCUGUGGAAGGAGGCUCGGCACAGACUGAAGCAGAAACAAUGAACAAGGGUGAUGAAAUAACCCUGCACAUUAAGCUGGCUGAGAAACUUCACCAACUUCACGCCAAUGAUCUACUUAUGAAGCUGUUAAUGGUCCAAGUAAUCCGCCAGAAAGUGAGCAAGCGUGUUCCAACAAACCGCAGCCCAAUUGACCACAAGAUUUUUCUACGGGAUGAAAUUGAGUCUGAGCCCCUUUCAUCGGGCUUGAGAUGA